AUGAACGAGCCAAUGGAUGAGGGUUCGUCCUCAUCCGCCGCCCCCGUGGCCCCGAUUGGCCCUGAAAUCUUCAUGCUUCGCUACAGCUUGACGGCCAAGGAGGCCGAAGUACAUGAAACUUUCAAAUCCGCCGCCCACCGUCGGAAUACGGGUGACCGUUCGGCGAGGUCAAUCCCAGCCUUGGAGGCACUUGGGUUACGCUUGGAGGACUAUGUGAAGACAGUCGUCACUCCGGCCUACAUCUUCUUCUUGCUCAAGGAUGGCCGUGUGUUGCGUCUCGGUUACAGCGUGGAGAAUCGCUCUGUCAGCCCGCCGACCCGGCAUCCCAACGCCAAGGCGACUUCGGCUUCCGGAUCUGUCGCGUUUGCUGCUCCAAAAUCCAAGCUACAAUUCCUAAGCAAGUAUCGACGGAUGCUGGAUGUUGGCCGCAGAGACCGAGCUUCAGUUCUCGUCGACCGGACUCGUCCGCUUCUCCCAGCCUCUGAUGUGCCAGAAGACCUGAUCGCACAAGCACAAGUGGUUCUACAGGGCAAAUCCCGUGAAGUCAUCGUCAGAGAGUUGCAGCGCACAAACCUCAACGUCAACGAGGCCGUCAACAAUUUGCUAUCGAAGGAUGACGAUGAAGACGACGACGACGCUAUCGGCGAGGUCUGCAUCCCCGAGGAGCUGUUGGCGGUUCUCGAUGCUCAAUCUAUGCAGCUCGGUGGCCACGAAGACUAUGCUCCCGAUCUUGAAUCGGCCUUCAUGCUACAGCGCGGCCGCGCCGCCCGACGAGAUGCCGCUCAUGACAAAAAUAAAGACAAGAAGAACCAGUCGUCGUACAGCGAGUUCACCUACGACGACAAGGUCGGGGAAUGGCAGGCUGAAGACACCGAGGAGGCUGCUCGACUUCGUUUUUCUGACAUCACCGCUUGCGCCUCGGAAAUUCUUGGCCUUGCCGGUGGUGUUGUCUAUGGAUGGUCAUUCACCAGCCAACACGGAUCGAGUCAGCCACACUCAAGGGCUUCUGAAGCUGUUGGAGGAUCUACCGUCGUUCGUCUGAUAUCCUCCUACCUCCGCGCGGCUGUUCUCUACGAGAAGCCGACUCGCGAAGGUGUUGUAAGAGAGAUGGCCUCGUGGCUCGACCCCUACCUCCUUCCCGGCAAGAUUGGAACGGCUUUGAUUCAAUCCCUGCCCGCCCAACCGCAAAUCGACCGCAAGGCCCAGGGCGCCGAUGUGCACUUCUUCUGCUCCGACUACUUUGCCGGCUUCAUCACACAGAAUGGAUACCUUCACUGGUGUGGCGUUGUUCCCGCCGCGGAGAAGGUGCACAACUUCGGCAAGAUGCGCAACAAGGCCCGCAAGAAUUGGAGCCGGGACAGCCAAGCCGAGUCGGAGAUCGCCGUCGGUGUUGAAGUGCGCCCGAAGACUUCGCCGCUUUACGAACCGGGCAGUGUGGCCGUGUUACUGAAGGAUGGGCAACCGAGAGUCGGUGUUCUGAUGGAGAAGGUGUGGUCUGCAUCAGAGACGUGCCGCUUCCGCCUGAUCGACGAGGACAAGUAUUCACUCGACCUUGCCGAGCUCCAGAAAGAGCCCCUCAAGGCUGCAGCCGCUCCCAACAAUGAUCAACUCCCGGGCUCCCGGAAGCGACGCGCCAACGACAGCAACGAGCCGAACUACCAGGAGCCGUGGCCCAUCUCCGACUGCAUCUUCUUGUAUGAGCAACCGCACGAAAACGUCUGGAUUGUUGUCCUGCACGACAAAGAAUCAAAACAAUGCGUCACGGUUGAUCCGCGCGACCCGACUUGGAAAGAUGUUCCGCGGGAGGAGAUCUCCGUCGCUCAUCCAAAGUUCAAGGAAAGCCGACAUCACAUCCGGCAAGUGGCUCAUCUACAAGUCCGCGGCACCGACGACACGCUGGCAUUCGAUUCGCCGAAAUGCAUGGAGCCGAAGAGGGUGACUGUCAGGCUCCCAAUUUCGUACGACCGCCUUUGUAACGCCGUUGCUGAUGAGAAAGGAAUCCGUUGCCUCGUCUGCUCGGACGGCCUGUACCAACUUAUCCGUCUUUCCGUGACCGGAAAAGUGCUGUCCAAGCAUUCACUGCCUCUCACUUCUUCUUCCGUGUUCGCCAGCAAGGAGGAUCUGGCCCUCGAAGAUAUGCCCAUUCAGCCUGAGCUUGUCAACUUUUCAAAGGAAGACAUGGUGUUCAUACGCUCGAAACCCGGCUCGGCGCUUAUUCUCAUGUGGCGCGAUGCAGAGGGCGGCUUCCGCGAGCUGUCCACCUACCAUCAACCCCUCUCCCCGCUGCAAUCGCUCUGGAUUGGGCAAAAUGUCGAUGAGCCUGUCAAAAAUGCUUCCGUGAUUAUCCUCGGCCUGGGCCCACCAACCAACGGCAACCUUCUACAGGCCGUGCUCGACUGUGACGAAGAAGCUGUCAAGGCGUCGAUGGCCGAAAUUUGCGCAGGACCCGCUCACGACGCCCAACGUCAGCUCGGCAUCUACCACGACAAGGAUAACCUUGUGGCGCCCACGUUCACGGAUAUUGGCGGAAAUGUGCUGCACGCGGCCGUGGCCCUGGCAACAUCCGCCACAAAUCGCGACCAAGCGGAUAAGGGAGAAGAGGGAGCUGAAGGCAGCAAGACGAUGGAUCAACGCUGGUCUCGCCUACUACGCUCCUCGAGCGACAGCAAGCGCGCGGCUGCUUUGGCGGCUCUCGGCGGACUGGCCAAAGAAAAAGAACAAGCCGAAGCUGGCAUCAAGUUCCCGAACGAGGCAAGACAGCGUCAGCUCAGCGCCAUGGAGAUUGUCAAGCAGCUCGUUCAGCUUCCGUCCAAAGAUCUGCUCGAACAAAUGCUCAAGCAUAAGGACUGCAACGGGCUGAACCCCUUCUGCGCCGCCAUCGAACAACGCGCCUACACCUCGGCGCGCAUCAUCUGGGAAGCUGCCGUUAAAGCGGAAAUCAAGCUUGACACCCUACUCGAACCGCCGCCAAAUUGGUUCGCCCCGCCGGAGCACAGCAAGAGCUGGCCGCUGUUCGUCCUCUGCUACAACGAUACGUGCUCGUUCACCUGGACCGGCCAAGACCACAUCAAUCAGGACAUCUUCGAGUGCCGUACCUGUGGACUGACGGGCACGCUUUGCUGCUGCACGGAAUGCGCAUUCACCUGCCACAAGGGCCACGACUGCUCGCUGAAAAGGACCAGCCCCACGGCCUAUUGUGACUGCUGGGAGAAGUGUCCGUGUAAAGCACUGGUGGCCGGAAACCCGGAGGCUCGCCUCUACCUGCUGAAAGAGCUGCUCGAGAAGACCGACUGCUACAAGUUUCCGAACCAGAACGGACAGCACAUCGUCUACUUCCUGGCCAAGACCAUCGCCCGCCAAGCCACCGAGCAGCUGCCGUGGCAGAAGAAGAUUCGCCCAAAGUCCAUGAUCGACAACGACGCCGAGCCGAACACGCCCGAGCAAAACCUCGAGCCGCCGAACUUUGCCACCAAGGCGCUGAACGCGUGCUUGAGCAACCUGGACGUCGUCCGCCACUUUGCCUCCGAGCAGAUGAACGACGGUCUCCUGGAUAAGGGCCGCCUCGACGAUAUCGGCAACGUCGCCUAUGGGCAGAGGGUUCGCAGUGAGGACCUCGAUGCGACAAUUUUCUUGAUGCUGACGAAGUGUCCGACCGAAUACCUGAACACCCUGACGCAUACGCUGAUCAAGGGACUUGCCAAGGACCACGAUUCGACGGCCGCCCUCAUCUGCCGUCUCGUGCGCUCGAUUCUUCGCAUCUACGUACUCCUCGUCAACCUUUCAUCAACAGCCGCCAUGGUCGCUGCUCAUGGUCUAUUCUCUACGAAGCAAUUCACCGUCGAGAAGGACGAGAAGAAAAGCGAGGACCGCUUCAUCAUUGUCAACUAUCGCAGCCUGACGGGACGUGGCAAGUCGCAGGAGUUGAAGCCGGAGAUCAUCAUCGAGGCUGUCUCCCGCUCGCACAAGUUCUUGAAGUGCUUCCUCGCGUACACCAGCCUGGAAGCCGCGCAAAUGGCUGCCGCCUCGAUUGCCCCCGUUCUCGUCGGCAGGGCCCGAACUGUUGUCCCGAUGUCUGCUCGUCCGAAGGAGACUGACGUCUUUAAUUUGAUCGAAACCACGCUGAUGAAAACGGGCAAUGGCAAGGGUCGUUCUUCGGGCGACUCGCCGCAAAAAGACCCUUACCGCGACACGACGGAGAGCGAGCAGUCUGACGCUGAAACGGAAGACCGACGCCCGGCCUCGAAUCGUCUGCUCUCAACAUCCAGCAACCUCGGCCCGUCGACUACCGCCGAAAAUGCCAAUGACGGCGCUGGCCAGGCGAUCACCGAAUCCACAGGCCGACACGCUAUCGUCUUGAGCACCAACAGUGCGCGUGUGCAACGAGCGCGCAGCAUUUCGUACACUAGCGAGGAUGAUACUGAGAACGAGGAUAACGAUGACAACGACAACGAGAACGACGACCAGGAUCGAGAAGGCGAGCACGAUGAUGACCAGGACGAGAACCAUGGAGACGAGCAGGAAGAUCAGGAUAUGGAUGAUGAUGAUCACGAAGAUAUGGAGAUCAUCGACUUUGACCAGAUGCCCUCCCGCGCCGCCAUCCGGACCGGGAUCGGCUUGCCGCCGGAGAGUGAUGAGAGCGACGAUGACGAGACGAGGCAAGAGGGUCAACCACCACCCCCACCAAACGCUGGCGAUGAAGUCCGGAACGCGGAGCAGGGCAGCUCUUCCAACGACACGAACACCAAUCAAGUCCUCAACCGCCUGAGCUCUGGAGCUGCUGCGGAAACGGUGCGCCCGGACGUCCAAAUGCGUCGUGAUCGCCGACGGGCAAUCGCUCGACGCCGUCAUCCUUCGGGGAUUGUCAACCGCUUCCGGACCGAAACGAUGGGGACGUCGGGCACAAUGGAUACAACGGCUGAUGAAGCCGAGAAGAAGCCCAAUGAGCCGAAGGAACCGCCGGCAACAAGUAUCAGUGACAGCUCGCGACAUCUGUGCUCCGCAUUCUACGUGCUCGCCCGUAUGGCCUACGAGGUGGAGAUGGUCAGCGCCGGCACCAGCCUCACAAAUAAUUCUAUGAACUUCAUCGACGAGUGCUUGGCGCCGGCAUGGAGAUGGUUGGUCGAGGCGAUGGACGCCACUGAAAGACAAAUAAAGCUCGCCAAGGCACGACAACAGGAUCUGGACGUUGAGCCUCAAGCUCUCCCCCAACAUCUUCACGAAGUGCCCACCGUGUCCGCCUACUUCGUCGAUCUGAUGCGAACGGCCAGCGGAGAACAGGGCGAGAAGUUUCCGACUCUGGAUUCCGCCUUACUUCGCCCUCUGACGCUCGUGGCGGACAUCUUUCUGGCUCGCUGCCGUACCCUGGACCUCGUCCAGUCGUUGCUCAGCGGUGUCACCGAGGAGGAACGCCAGAAGACGGCCUUCUUUGAGCGCGGCCUCGAGUUCUGCUACCCGGGAAUCGUCCAAAAGGCCGACAACUCGGUUUCCACCGAGCAAUGGCGACUGGCCUCGAAUCCGCUGCUGUUGACGCCCAAAUACUCCCGACCCAACUUCUACCAACACGACAGCCUGAAGAUGACGGCCGACCAGUGGAACGGCUUCUACGCCGAUAAGCUGAACCUGAAGAUCCCGGAGGGCGGCUCGAAUCCCCCGGCCUAUUGGACGAGGGCGAGUGGGCUUGUCGUCAAGCAAGACAUACACAUAUUGCUGCCCAAACCCGAGCCCAGCCUUGGUCUUGACUGCGAUGCGACUCUGAAUUUGUUGGAGGUCCGCGCAGAAUCGCGCUGGGCGACCACGCUGGAAUGCUUGGCACGUAACUACCAUCAGGACAUCUUCAGCAUUUGCGGCCAGGAGAUCACCAACUCGUUGAUGAUCACCGGACAUGCCAGCUACAACGCCCGGGCCCAGUUCUUCAGCCAGAAGGUCUUCGACAACCCCGGCCAAGCUACUUGUCGCGAGCUGGUCAUUGAGAAGCUCUCGCGCAGUCACGACAAGCUCGUCCGCAGCACCGUCUACCAGCUCAAUGCCCAGUUCACGAGGCGUCUCGGCCAGAAAACCGCCGCUACCCCUCCACUUUUCACACAUAAGAUCAAAGUCGGCUUCGAAAACGAGCCCGGCGAGGGAAGUGGUGUGGCUCGGGCCUUCUAUUCGGCGCUCGGCGAAGCUUUGAUGAGCCUCAAGAACCUGCCCUUUGAAGAUCUCGGAUGGGACAACAACGAAGAGUUUCUGUACGGCGGCGCCCCACCCGAGGCCAGUCCCCAAAAGCCCUCGCGCAGCAUGAUUGACUACUUUGGAGCUAUCGAUGAGCCAUCAUUGAUUGGCCGUCGCUUCCAGCUGUUGCCCACUCGAGUCUCAAGGAGCCCGAAGAAGUCGUCGCGCAAGCUGACCCUGAAGCUGGCCUCGGCUCCUUACACGCCGCAGCGCAUCGCUGAACCUGCCCCCAACGUCAUCGACGAUUCGCUCACGAUCCGUCAAGUCCCUGACCUCGCCGAUAAGCUGUUCAAUCAAGUUCAAGCCCAAUAUCCGCAAGCUGCCGAGCGUAUCACCGGAUUGCUGGUCGAUAUGCCUGUGCAAGAAGGCGUGCGCAUGAAUAUUAACAAGGACGGAUGCUUCCGCGAACGGCUUCAAGAGGCCGUCGAUCUGCUGAAGAAGGGCGACGCGGCAGACCGCGCGAUGUUCGAGUCGCAGGCUGGCGAGGAAACGACAUCCGCUCAAGAGCCGGUUGUGCCGAAGAUGGACACGGCUCCCUUGUUUUACCAGCCAUCUGCUGACCAACCGGUUUUCGCCCUCUCUCCGGGUGCGAUGUCGCCGAUCCGGCUCAGUGCUUUCAGGAAUGUUGGAAGAAUCAUCGGGCUCUGCCUCAUCCAGCAACAUGUUUUCCCGCUGCGCCUGCCGCGCCACGUCUGGAAGGUCAUUCUCGAGCGGCCCACCUCCUUCCACGACCUCGCCUUUGUUGACAAAGAGCUCUACAACCAGCUGCGCACGCUGAUCGCCGACUUGUCCGGCAGCCAGGAGGGGUUGGCCGAGAAGCUUGACGCGCUGCAGUUGGACUUUGUCACCACGUUGCCGAAGGAGGAAAAUGAUGGCCAGUCUCCGACCACCAUCGAGUUGUGCCCCAACGGCGGCCAGCAGCGCGUGACGGCCGAGAACUUGCAAGAGUACGUGCACGAGAUUGUGAAGUGUCGACUGACCCGUGAUGAUCUGAUGAAAUGCUAUCAGUCCCUUCAACAAGGUAUCAGCGACGUCAUCCCCAGCGGCUACCUGGCACACUUGAGCCCGGAAGACAUGACGCUGCUUGUCAACGGCAUCGCUGAGAUGGACAUGGGCCGUCUGAAGCGGUUGACCGCUUUCACCGACGAGUGCCGCAUCAGCCCCGGCGAGAUCGAGACGAUCCGCAAAUGGUUCUGGGAGACGGUCGAUCGGCUGUCGGAGCGCGAGAAGCAGGACCUAGUCUUCUUCUGGACCGGCUCGGCGACGCUGCCAGCGCUCGACGAGCUCUUCGUGCCGCGUCCUUCUAUUGUCAUCAGGAGCCUCUCGGACGCUCAUCUCCCAUCAGCCAACACAUGCAUUUCGCGCAUCUACCUGCCGCAGUACUCCUCGAAGAAGAUCCUCGCCGCCAAGCUGCGCACGGCCAUCCAAGUGAAAGUUUUCGGCUUCGUU